AUGUUUUCAUACUUUAUUCUUCUAUUCUACGCUGCAAGUGCUUCGGCACAUACUAUCUUCCAAGAGCUCUACGUCAAUGGCGUAGAUCAAGGACAUACGGUCGGCAUUCGUGUUCCCGAUUACGACGGUCCUAUCAUGGAUGUCACUUCCAACGACAUCAUCUGCAAUGGUGGAAUAAACCCAUACCACCAACCGAUCUCAACCACUAUUAUCCCUGUUCCAGCUGGUUCCCAGGUCACGGCCGAGUGGCAUCACACUUUGGCUGGAGCUGAUCCUAGUGACCCAGCAGAUCCGAUUGAUGCCUCUCACAAAGGCCCAGUCAUAGCUUAUCUAGCUAAGGUUCCCAGCGCUACUCAGAGUUCAGUAACAGGCCUCCAGUGGUUCAAAAUCUACCAAGACGGCUAUUCGAACGGUGUGUGGGCUGUGGACACCCUUAGAGCUAACAAGGGCAAGGUCUCUUUCACUAUUCCAAGUUGCAUUGCUGCCGGGCAAUAUUUGUUGCGAGUAGAGAUCAUUGCUCUGCACGCCGCGUCAAGCUAUCCUGGUGCACAAUUUUACAUGGAAUGUGCCCAACUUCAAAUCACAGGAGGCGGCAGUACGUCACCAGCAACAGUGUCCUUCCCUGGUGCAUACCAAGGUACCAACCCUGGCAUAACAAUCAACAUCUACCAGCCAUUGUCUAGUUAUACUAUUCCAGGGCCUUCUGUGUUCAGUUGCAGUGGUAACAAUACCGCCCCCGCGCCUUCAUCUGCUCCUGCAGCAUCUACCACUACCCAAGCCGCUUCUACGACUGCUCCAGCUCCAUCUACGACGGCCGCUGCCACGACGACUUCGGCUGCCACAACCCCGACCUCCGGUGCUACUGUUGCACAAUACGGGCAGUGCGGUGGCCUAACUUACACGGGAUCAACUAAUUGUGCUUCGCCGUUUACGUGCACAAAGCUCAAUGACUAUUAUAGCCAGUGCUUGUAA